GUGCGCGUGCGCCGCCGACACAGUUGUCGGACAUGCGUGCUAUACUUGUGUUGUUGUUGUGCUCACGCGCAUACGCCGGAUCGCUACCGGACUACAUGCGAGCCUGCUCGGCUUCCGACCCCGAGCUGAACAAGUGCAUCGAGGAUGUGAUCGCCACCGCCGGCCCCAGAUUCGCCAAGGGCAUCCCUGACCUCGGCAUAGCGUCGCUGGACCCCGUCAACCUGGGCACCAUAUACAUCGACAACCCCGCACUCAACGUGACCUUGACGGAUACUGUGCUGACUGGCCUGAGCGGCUUCAAGAUUAACUCCUUCAAGAUGGAGGAAGCUAAGGGUCGAGCGACCCUGGACUUCACGGCGAAUGUGACGCUGAAGUCGCAGUACGUGAUGGACGGCCAGGUCCUCAUCCUGCCCAUCCGCGGAGACGGCGACGCCAGGAUCAAGAUCACGAAUCUAAACAUCGUGAUAAAGUACGAGUUCAAAACUGUGGACGGGUACUGGUCGGUGCCGGAGUACAAGGAGAGCUACAAGAUGGGCCGCGCGCACUUCAAGUUCACCAACCUCUUCGGCGGGAACAAGGAGCUGGCGUCCCUCACGCUGCAGUUCAUGAACGACAACUGGAGCACCAUCAUCGACGAGAUCGCUCCUCCAGCCGUCACACAGAUCAUCCGGCGCUGCGUGGACGAGGUCCGCAAGCUGUUCGCCGCCGUCCCAGCCGACCAGCUGCUACUGCACUAGGGUACACUACACACUUCACUACCAUUCACUUUAAAGGCAACCUGAUGCACCGCGUGAUCAACGACAACUGGGAGGCGGUGAUGCGCGACAUCGCGCCGACCGCCUUCGACGUCAUCAUCACGGCCUGCGUCAACGAGUGCAAGAAACUGUUCGCGGCGGUGCCCGCUGACAAGUUAUUACUACACUGACCUACGUGCAAAACACCAACGCGACGUCUAGGCCUCUAGUAGGUACACCGACACGCUACGAAAUGCGAAAUAUCUGCGAAACGGGAAUAGAGCGAGUUGCCAUAAUGUAACGCAUUGCCAUAAUAUUGUGGCGAGUGAGACAGCAAAUCGGUUCGCCACUGUUUCGCGUUUCGCAGCAUCGCGUCGGUGUACUAGAGGCGUAAUGCCCAGUUUAGACUUUUUGACGGGAGGUAUCGCCGUCGCUUCUGAUUGGCUCCCGUCUUACGUUGCUCCGUUGACGGUCUAGAAUGUCGAUUUUCUACCAAACUUAAAGACUUGUUUAAUUGUCAACAUUCUCGAACGUCUAUGACUAGAACUUUUAACAUAGGUAAUUGUUAUUCGCCAAUUGGCUGCAUUUUGUUAAAUAAGGAUAGGACAUCCCGUUUUAGUAACGGACGACCUAGGAUUGGCGGUAGUUGCAGGCUGGUUGCAUAUUAUCCGCCAACUUAGCGUUGCGAACUCAGUAACGCAACUUCCAAACAGUUUGUUGUAAAUACUGAAAGUGAUAUAGAAACCGUUUACAACAGCUGAUAUUCCCCUUUACUAAUAAAUAUAAUAUUUAUGCAGCGUAUUCGUCUUCGAGCUUCGCUGUCGUUGUCUGACGGUUGUCUUUUAAAAUGUGCCAGACAGAGACGAAAUGUUGUAUAGUUAUUAGUAAUUAAAUAUUCGCCGUAAAAGAAAAUUAUUAGUAAGGGUUUAGCUAACUAUUUUCUAUAAGUUUCAAAUUUCAAUCAUUGAUUCUGCAGAUGAGAGGGUUUUCUUUCCAAUAGAAAUUGAAAGUAAGGAACAGGAUAGCAUAGGCUUAGUAAUUAAUAUCUCUCCUUCUUUUUAUACUAUAUUUUAUAACAAUAAUAAUUAUCAAAUCCAAUUUGAUUUUAACCAUAACUUACAAUGUAAAUUAUUUUCACGUAUAAGUAAAUAUGGAAUCAUGCCUUGUUUGUGCCUAUUACUUAUUAUAAUAUUAUAUUGCUUAUGCAGCAGUUACGUGAUAUCAAUUCAGAAAAUAAUUCACUGACACUACUGACAGUGUUAUACUAAUAGUAGGUAACUUUGUAGUCCAUUUAGAGUUCAAAUUCUUUUGGUGAAUUGUUUUCAGAAUCAUUGACACAUUCUUUAGGCCAGUAUUUCUCAACCUGUGGGUCGCGACUCGCGACCCCCUAGGGCAGGGGUCACCGAGUAGUUUCGCUCGCGGUCCAUUUUUAGAAUUGAAAUGACCUUCGCGGUCCACACAUUUUAUAAAAAAACAUUUUUAA